AUGCCUGUACCGUGCAGAAGGGGCUGUGGCAAAAAUGCUGUCUUAAAGAGACCAAAAACAGGUGAUGCUCUGUGCAAAGAAUGCUUUUUCUGGGCUUUCGAAACAGAAAUACACUACACAAUUACUAAGGCAGAAUUAUUUAAUAAAGGAGAUUCAGUUGCGAUUGGGGCCUCUGGUGGAAAGGACUCAACAGUUCUUGCUUAUGUACUGAAGACUUUGAAUCAUAGGUACAACUAUGGGUUGAACCUCAUGUUGCUGUCAAUAGAUGAAGGUAUCACUGGAUAUAGAGAUGACAGCCUUGAAACUGUGAAACAGAAUCGAGACGACUAUGAAAUGCCUUUAAAAAUAUUAUCAUACAAAGAUUUGUAUGGGUGGACUAUGGAUGAGAUUGUGGCACAAAUUGGAAGGAAGAACAACUGUACCUUCUGUGGAGUAUUCAGGAGACAGGCACUGGACAGGGGAGCGGCUAUGCUUGAUGUGAAGUGCAUAGCAACAGGACAUAAUGCUGAUGACAUAGCUGAGACUGUGCUGAUGAAUGUACUUAGAGGGGACAUUGCCAGGUUGAAGCGAUGCACAGCUAUUAGUACUGGCAGUGAAGGCACAAUACCAAGGGUAAAGCCACUUAAGUACACUUAUGAGAAAGAGAUAGUGAUGUAUGCCCAUUACAAGAAAUUGGUCUACUUCUCUACAGAGUGUGUGUUUGCACCCAAUGCAUACAGAGGGCAUGCACGAGCACUGCUCAAGGAUAUGGAGAAAAUUAGACCUGCUUGUAUUAUGGAUAUCAUUUAUUCAGGUGAAACCAUGUCAGUAAAGGAACAAGUGUCACUUCCCACUCAGAGGACAUGCACUCGCUGCAACUUUGUGUCAUCACAGGAAGUGUGCAAGGCAUGUGUACUCCUUGAAGGACUCAACAAGGGACUGCCUAAACUCGGCAUAGGAAAGAGUUCCAAAGCAAAGAGGAUGCUUGAAGAGUAUAAUGCAAAGCAGGCAGGAAAUGAAGGAGCACUACAAGACGCCAUAAAAGAUUUAAAUGACACAAACAGUAUAGGAGCUAGAAAUCAAAGAAUCAGUAGUAAAAAGAAAAAUGCAAACAAAGAAAACAAUGAUACAUGUAAUAAGAAUGAUUGCUGUGGGGGAGGCUGUAAAAGUAAUGCAAGUAAUGUUGAUCCAGUAGCAAGUAACAAGAAACUUAAUAUGCUACUUGAACAGUUUGGGCUGGAUGAGAAAGAAAGUGUGAAGAAAAAAUCAAGUCUAGAAAAUGGAGUAUCUGACCCAAAUGAUGAACAUUCUGAUGAAGAAACUCCAUUCAAUGCACAGGAGGAAGAUGACACAUGUUCUGCAAGUUGUGGAGGAUCACAUAUAGCAUUCUGA